AUGCGCAAAUUGGCCCGUUUUCGCAAAGUUCGUACAAGUCAAUCCACUGAGUUCAACAAUCGAGAUGCAAAGUUGCGUUUCUUGUUCGGUAUGUAUGAUCUAGACAUGGACAACAUGAUCUCACGGAACGAAUUACUGGGAAUGCUCCAGAUGAUGGUCGGUGCGAAUAUCACUAUCGAACAGGUUUGUUUGUUUUCCAAGGCUUAUCGUAUGAACCACACAAUAACACUCUGUACGGGUUAA